GCGGAUUUGCGACGGGAAGACAAACCAGAUGAAGGAAAAAGAACAAAUAAAUCCUUGGUCUAGAGGCGAAUUGCGCAACGACACUUCGCCAGGCCAUUAUUGCUUAUCAAUCAGUUUGAAUUCCAAGUGGAGCAAAGAAAGGACGACGACAGACCUUCCCACCUCGCAGGGUUGUGCCGUCCUUGCCUAUUCUUCUUGGCCUUGAUGGCCGAGAAUAAACAAGAAUAAUUCUUACGAAAGGACACAAUGGACGGACAUUACGUCGUAAGGAAAGGUUGAACGAAAAAGAAGAAAAGUAUUUUAACGUCGUCAUGAGUUGAGCUCAAUACGUUCCUUGGAAAGAAGGUCGCCAUUGAUAAAAUUGUCUUGUUUUGGAAAUACUUAAAUUGUGAAUGACCGACAUUUUGAAACGCCUCAGGUGGAAGGAAUGAAAGCAAAAAGUGUUACAGGCAUUAACGAAGACAAAAACGCCAUUCGUUCAGCCUUCGAGGCUGUUAUUAACGCGUAAACUUUUAUCUUAAAAAAAAGUCAGGUGAGGCAGGUAGAUCUUAAGAAAGUUGGCAGUGACCUUAUUGUACGAUGAUCUUCAAAAUUUAAAUAUUUGUAUAUCUUUCACUCUACAGAAAACAAUGAGGUUUCAGUAACAUAAUUAUAUAACUUAUUUUAUAUUGAAUUGUUAUUAUUGUACUAAAAACCAACCUGAAAAGACUUUUAUUUAUUUUACGAUUAUCAAACUGCAAUAAAACAAACUGGCAACCACCCCGAGCCGUGUCAUGUCGGAAGUGCAAGACGUAGGAGAAUUCGAAGAGGAAGGGGAAGUGAGUCUCUUAAUGAACCUCUUUUACGGAUCAAGGAAGUAGUUUUCUUAUCCCUUUUUCUUCUCUUCUCCUUCUUUUUUCUCAUUUAAGAAAGGAGGAUUCGUUAAACCUGUUUUGCUUUCGUAUCUUCGGGAUAUAGUUAAAAGGACAGCGAGAUCUAAUCCGUGAAUCUGGCGUUUUCUUUUUUUCUUUUUUGAGGAAGGAAGUUUGAAUGAGUAGCUUAUAGACGCAUGCGUUUUAGUUAUCUCAGACCGUAGAGAGAGAGAGAGAGAGAGAGAGAGAGAGAGAGAGAGAGAGAGAGAGAGAGAGAGCAGUAUCCCAAGAGACACAUUUAAAAGGACUGUGGGAAUCUCUGAAUCUGGUUUUGUUGAGGAAGGAAGUUUGAAUGAGCAGCUAGCACAUGAGUUUCUGUUAUCUCAAAACUGAGAGAGAGAGAGAGAACACCAGCGUCGUCAGGUAAGGGUAAAAACGCAAUGACACGAUAAUACAACUGUUGUUACUUUCACUUCACCUUUGAAACCAAGGUCGAUACUUCCAUCUUUUUCUUCUUCUUCUUCUUCUUCUUCUUCUUCUUCUUCUUCUUCUUCUUCUUCUUCUUCUUCUUUGACGUUUUUCUGAGUUUCUGCAGCGGGUAACGAACGGUGUCAGCUAUAAACGACGCGCUAGUUAUCAAGAAAUCGAGCUUAUUGUCAACCCACAAGGUUCCACAAUCAUCUAGAGAUGAACUUAAUCUUGUCAGGGGGUGAUAAUACCAAUUCUGCUUUGUCAGUCCGCGGCUAGUUUCAAAACUGACCUUCAGAUGCAUUGGAAAUUGAACUGUAAUCGAUACAUUUACACGCGGAGGUCUUUCAGUUAUCAAGGGUGAUUUUCACAUUAAUGGAGAGCUUUCUUACGAACGUAAUAGUUAAUAUAAGCUAGGCCUACAUUGAGCAAAAUUAAAUGAGAAUGUCUUAUGACUGUUUGUGUGAACAGUUAGAUAAACUUAGGCCUACACUGAGCUGAGCAAGAAUGGCACUGAGUACCGGAAUUUCCUUCUGUUUGAGCAUUUGAAAAAGCUUAGGCCUACACUGGGCAAGACUGACACUGACUGCCUUAAAUGUCAGUCUGUUUGAGCAGCUAAACAAAAUAAGGCUUACACUGACCCAGAAACGAUUUUAUUUUGAAUUUGGAGGAAGACCAAGGGAAAAUAUAAAAUAAUUAUGAAGUAUUGGAAUGAAAAGGAGAUAGCAUUACUUAGUAAGUGUUGAUUGAAGCAGCAAAAUCGAUAUAAGUCUAUAAACUGGCUAAGUUUGAAGAAGUUUCGUCCAUCAGUCAGAUAGGAUGCAUGUUGUGGGGACUUCUCCAUUAUUCAUUCUCUAUAGCCAUCCAAAUCUAUUUUAAAAAACAGUCAUUUUGAGAAAAAGAAAGCUACAAGUACGUAUUUAAUUAUUCAUGGCGAGAACAUCACCAAUAUCAUAAAAUUUAAUGCGCUUCGGACACUCCCAAAUGAACAUGAUUUUUAAUGCUUAUUCAUCUACUCAAAGACACCUGUGACAGAUUGGAGAGGUGUUUGAUCUCCGGACAGAGGUAUUUCGUCUUGUGGUGUCAGUGUCACUACGUAACUGGUGGAGGAGAGAGAGAAAGUGGGUGUUUUCACAGUCUGAGAUUUUGCAAAAUGUAAACUCACAUUCCAAGGUCAAGACUUAUAAUACACCAGGUCCCACUAGGUGGUAAUCUUGUGCCCUACCUGUUUCUUUGACUAAUUGGUGAAGAAGAAGAAGAAAGAGAGUGUUUAUAGGCUGUGUGAUUUGCAAAAUGUGAAUCUCUUGUGUCACGAGGUCCCGUGAGGUGGUAUUCUCGCGCUCUACCUGUUUCUUUGACUAAUUGGGGAAGAAGAAGAAGAAAGAGAGUGUUUAUAAGCUGUGUGCUUUGCAAAAGGUAAAUCUCUUGUGUCACGAGGUCCCGUGAGGUGGUAUUCUCGCGCUCUACCUGUUUCUUUGACGUGACCAGUGAAGAAGAAGAAGAGAGAAAAAAAAAAAGAUAAGGGAGUAUCUUUUGACAGAGAUUUGCAAAAUGUAAAAAAAAAAGCAGCCUCCAAGGUCAUAUCUCUUACCUACCGAGGUCCCGUAAGGCGAUAUUCUAGCGUUGACCCGUAUUUAUUUGGGGGAAAACGUGACAAUGUUUUUCAAACACCGUCUGUGCGUGAUCUUACUCUGGGGCGUGGCUGUGAUAGCCCUCUUCUGCACGUAUCAAACCUUCUACAGGAGGAAGCCUUCGUAUAACGAAAACGAGUUCCCCGUCAGGGAACGCCGCUUGGAAACUCAACGAGGAGAAACAUUACAAGAAGAGGAAGAGGUACAUAAAGGAGAAACAAUACUGAAUUCGACGUUAUACAGGCGUUCGCAUAACGAAAACAAGACGCCCGUCAGCGAACGCCGAUUGGAAACUCCAAAAGAAGAAGCAUCACAAGAAGAGGAAACUUUGCAUAAAAGAGAAGCAUCACAAAAACAUCCAGCCCUAUCCAAAGACUGCUAUGUUUACAAAGACGCAAUUGCUCGGAAUACCUGCUGUCGAAUGCACGACUACAUGGCUGACCCGAGUCGUCUCUUGACCUGUCUUCGGAGGGACCUCGAGGAGGCUAAGAGAACCAGGUCGGCCGGUUUCAGCCGAGAGGGAGGAGGGCGCUGGAUCAUAGCCGGGGACUCCAGACUCAGAUUCUUCUUCUUCGGAAUCAUCCGUCGUCUGGCUGGUCCAAGGCUCCUGUACCGGUACACUAAAGGGAACGGGAAAAAAUGGCGAAGCGUCGACCACCUGCUCCAGCAGAAGGCACCUUACAUUUUCAGGGAGGACAUGGAGAUCAAGCACUUGGACGCUCCAGAGAUGAGGGUCGUCUUCUACUGGGACGCCAGGUUACAGAGGCUUGCCAAAGACCUCCACUGGUGGCUCAAGUACGACUCGAGAAGGCCUGUACGACUCAUUAUAAGUACAGGGACCCAUUACAUGUGCAACAGCAAGGACGUCUUCAAGAAGGAGGGCCGGGCGGCGGCCUCUGGAAAAUUUCGGAAAUUUCUCUCGCGGACUUGGAACAAACUCUACUCCCUUGGGAAGAUGAUUCCACUCACCUUCCACUUCAUCGACUAUUUCCAGGAGAAACGAGUCUACCCAGAACUCCAGCAUGUGUGGCACAACGAGAACGUGGACUACUACAACUCAGUAUUGAAGUCGAAACUGUCUUCUUCUUCUUCUUCCCUGAUUCCUUGGGACAGCAACGUCCCUCUGUCGGGCGCCUACCACAACAAAUGCUCGGCUGACCCGAGAGUGUCGGAUGACCUGGCUUGGCGUUGCAACGACCCCGUCCACAUGGGGUUCAUGGUUAUUGACCAGUACUGGAAUAUGUUUUUGAACGAUGCUUGCAAUCGGUAUUUCUCGUUUGGGGAAGAUUAUUGUUGAAAUGAAGAAGACUUUUAAAUUUAAGUGUUACAUUCUGGUGUAUUUCAGUGUUAUAUUCUGGUGUAGGCGAAUAUGAUGAAUCAGUCACUUGAAUGUGUAUUGGUUUAAAUUUUUAAGUUUUCUCUAAGUUCGUGGAUUUUGAGAUUGUCAUAUGAUUCAGACUAUGUUUUUUCUAGUCACAGGGUUCAGGGAAUAUAAAAGAAUUUCUAAAAAUUCUUACAUUGACCUUGUAAAAUGUAGAUAGUGCUGAAUUCAAAGCUUGUAGUAUUUUUUUCUCCAGUUUUUCCUGCGAGAGAGAGAGAGAGAGAGAGAGAGAGAGAGAGAGAGAGAGGAUAAAAAAUAAUUAAAUUUCAUAAAUAGAAAGCUUUGCUAAGAACAUGAACAUCGCCCAAAAGGACGUAAUGACGUGUUCUACCAAUUCCGAAAAGAAAUAUGCAAAAUGUCCAGACCGUAAGGCUUGUAAUCACUCUGGUCUUAAUGACGUUAAAGAAACAGAGCAGGUGUGAUGGCAGCUAGGUGCGUGAGAAAAACAAGAUCCCUUAAUGGGCACACUCAUUUUCGGCUAUAAUUGAGGUGAGGUCACCUCUGUAAUGAUCUAUUUAUUUAUUUAUUUAUUUUUUUGGUAAUAUCAUUUUAUCCAUUACUCUGCGAGUCUUCUUGGAGAUGUCUCAGACCACUUAUUGAAUUUUUAAUUGUGGUAUAUUUCUAAUUUAAUUAUUUGUCUUUAUUAUGGUAAAUCUUGUAUUAAUGUAGAUAUAUAUCUAGACGAAGAA